AUGGCCCCUAUUAGUGGCAUCCAUGGCGUGAGCUAACGACUGCCUCCCCCAAACGGGCGAGCCGAUUGCAAUUUCAUCUGAAGGGGGGUGGGAGGAUUUACGCGAGAUGAAUAAAAGCGCUGCCUAUUCCCCUCCCGCCGCCGCCUCCGUCGUUCUGACGGUUUUGACAGCUUAACAGAGGCUCAGCUUCACAUCCGACGUGACGGGAGCUAGAUGGGGUUAAAGGGUCACACAUGGCUCCAACGUCCCACGUCGUCCUCGCGGCGGCGUCAUUGCUCCUGACGAGAUAUCUCGUUGUCGCUGACUGCAAUGUUUCCUCAAACUACACCAUCAUCGACGGACCCGACGACAGCAGCGGCAUCUCCUCCUGCGGCGCCAUCGACGGCUCGCUCUCGCUGCUCUUUGACAGCCACCCCGGCGACUGGCCAUCUUCCGAGGCCUCGGUCGACCUAGGAUCCGUCAGCUCCGUGGACGGCGACCUUGUGAUUUACCCAGACGCAGUGCCGAAAAAGACGGUCGUGACGGCAAAGAAGUUGAAGACGGUGACAGGCGAGCUCGACAUCAUCAACACCGACGCUUCCAGCACGAUUGGGUCCUUUACGGUUUCAUUUCCCGCAAUUGAGGAAAUCACCAGCAACUAUGUCUUCAGCGGCGGAUACUCGGAGGCGUCCUUUACUCACUCGGACAGCUUGCAGGUUGGGGGGAUGAUGAGGAUAUACGGCACGUCCGCCCUGGAGACGCUGAGCUUCGGUGGCCUCCAAACCGUAAAGGGCGACUUUUCCGUCGACACGAACGCGGACUUGAAGGACCUGGAGAUGGGCACACUUACCACGGCCGAAAAGGCCUUUAGCAUCCAGGAGAACUCUGCCCUGGAGUCGGUGUCGUGCCCCAAACUCACGACCGUCAAGGGAGACAUGACCAUCUACAAGAACACAGCCAUGACGUAUUUUGAGCUCUCGGCGCUGCAGUAUGCCGGGACCAUAUCCUUUACAUCCAACGGCGAGAACCCCAUCGUCUAUUUCCCGUACCUCUCCUCCCUUGGCACGGGCAACGACUCGGCCACGUCCACCUUUCAGGAUGUGAGCGACAUUACAUUUUCGUCGCUCCGCAAGGUCCAGGGCGCAUUCACCUUCCAGUCCACCAACAUGAAGGACCUAACUAUUCCCCUUAUCCAACUAUUAAACGGAAGCAUCACAGUGCAGGACAACCCCUCGCUGACGACGCUUGCUCUCCCGCGCGUGACGUACGUCGAGAGCAUGUUCAUCAGCAGCAACGACAAGCUCACCAACAUGACGGCGAACGCGCUGAAGAAGGCCGGCACCAUCUCCCUGAAGGGGUCGUUUACGGACGUCGAGUUUUUCGGGCUCGAGGAGGUGACGGGCGACUUCAAGGUGGUGGGCGACGACUCGAUGGACUGUAGCUGGUUCGACGCCAACGUCAAGCCGAUUGUGACGGGCAAGUAUACUUGUGUCGGCAGCCACGACAAGACGGAGCGAAAGUCGAGUACCGGCGGCAUCGAAAACACCGAGGGCAACCCGAAGGACUACAUGAGAUCGGACGGCCAGGACGGGAGCAGCAGCGGAAGUGGAAGCGGAAGCGGCAGUGGAAACAGCGGAAGUGGAAGCUCCGGAAGCUCAGACAGUGGAUCAUCCUCCGGCGACAGCUCCGGCUCCGGAAAGAACGGCCUCUCAUCCGGAGCCAUGGCCGGGAUCGGCGUCGGCGCCGCGGCGGGCGUCAUCCUCGCCCUCGCCGGCCUCGCCUGGUUCUUCUGGCGACGGAGGAAGCAAUCCGGCCGGGAGCCAAAACGGGGCGAGAGCCGCGGCAGCGACACGAGCAGCCGGCGCAACGUCUUCGACGGGCAGAUGCUGGGCGUGCACACCAAGAUCGAGGCGCAGAGCCCGUCGCCGUCGCCGAGCGUCGGCACGCUGAGCUUCGGGCGCAACUCGUUCCUCAACGCGGGCGACGCUGCGACCGAGAAGGGCAUCAAUGCGUGGAAGACGAUCCGCCGGGUCAGCGACUCGUCGUCGGGGGAUGGGUCGCACACGAUGCGGCUAUGAUUCUAUUGUUGUUGCUGUUGUUUUUUGAGGGAAGGUUGAUCAAAAGAAGACGGGCAAGCGGGUUUCGCAUACAGAGAAUUUUUCUUAAUUAGAUACCUCACGGCAGGCGCAGUCAAUCUCAUAGAGUAAUUUUUAACUGAAUUAACUAUUG